AUGUUCAAACCGGACGUCGUGUUUUUAGCCUUUCCGAUAAGGAAAUCACUAUGAAGAUCAAGUCAACAGGAGAGGUUUGUUCUGUACCCCAUGGAUUGGUUGUUUGGUCUACUGGUGUUGAGACUCGACCUGUUGUGAAGGACUUCAUGGCGCAAAUCGGGCAGUCUAACAGACGUGUUCUAGCAACCGAUGAAUGGUUGAGAGUAAAAGGAAGUGAAAAUGUGUAUGCCCUUGGUGAUUGUGCCAUUAUAAAUCAGAAUAAAGUCAUGGAAGAUAUCUCUGCCAUAUUCAAGGGCUGCAGACAAAGAUAACUCUGGUUUCUUAACUAUUAAAGAAUUCGAAGACGUUAUAGACGA